CACACACACACACACACCACAGCGCUGAACUACAGUAGAGCAGGCUUAUUGGGAGCAUACUGUCUUAUUGUUAUUAUUGUAAUUGAUAAUAUAAAUAUAUUUUUUGCAUGGCUUCCCCGCUGAGAGCGGGCUUCCACCGGAUGGAGGUCCAGAAAACCUCAUGGGAAAUCCCGGACCGAUACACAACAUUGAAUCCGGUCGGCUCUGGGGCAUAUGGGACAGUAUGCUCUGCUAUUGACCAGAAAACGAAGGAGAAGGUGGCCAUUAAAAAGCUUUACAGACCAUUCCAGUCUCUGAUCCACGCCAAGCGGUCCUACAGAGAGCUCCGACUGUUGCGUCACAUUCAACAUGACAACGUGAUCUGCCUUCUGGAUGUUUUCACGCCUGACUCCUCACUGGAUAAAUUCCAGACUUUCUACUUGGUAAUGCCUUUUGUGGCUCAGGACCUUGGCCACAUAAUGAAGAGGCGAAGGCUCACUGACAAAGUCAUCGUCUAUUUAUUCUACCAGUUAUUUAGAGGGCUGAAGUAUAUUCACUCUGCUGGAAUCAUUCAUCGGGAUCUGAAGCCAAGCAAUCUUGCUGUUGAUGAAAACUGUGAGCUAAAGAUAUUGGACUUUGGAUUGGCGAGACAUGCAGAGAUGGAGAUGACUGGAUAUGUUGUAACUCGGUGGUACAGAGCUCCUGAAGUCAUUUUCAACUGGAUGCAUUAUACUCAGACAGUUGACAUAUGGUCUGCUGGUUGCAUUCUGGCUGAGAUGAUCACCGGUGAAGUGCUUUUCCCAGGAAAUGAUAGUAUGGACCAGCUAAACAUGAUCCUCCAUCUGACGGGAACACCACACUCAUCACUGGUGCAGAAGAUGCAGAGCAAAGAUGCAAGGUCAUACGUACAGUCUCUCCCAGUCCAGAAAAAAAAGGUUCUCAGAGAUGUCUUCCCAUCCAUGGAUUUAAAAGCUCUUGAUCUGCUUGAGAAGACUCUUAUGUUGGACCCUGAAGCCAGAUUGACAGCUAAAGACGGACUGUCUCAUUCCUAUCUCUCUGAGUUUCACGACCCAGAAAAUGAACCUGAGUCCCCUCCUUAUGAUGACUCAUUUGAAAGUCUGGAGCUGGCUGUGAGCGAGUGGAAGAGUCUUAUACACAUGGAAAUAAUGACAUUUGACCCUGAAAAUCCGAGACAAACUGCAAUGUAACACCUUAUCGGAUCUGUGAAAAUUUUGCUGUAAAAGUUACUAAUGGUUAAGCUACACGUUAUGCAACACAACAGCAGCAAUGGGAUGUGAGUUUAUUUAAUACACCGUCUAGAGGGCGAUAUUUGACUUCUGUUUCCAUCUGUGUGAUAGCUGUAAUAUUGUGUUACAUAAAUAUCUUUCUUCAUCUGAGCUUUUUUUUCUUUCAUUUUUUUGGUAGUAAAACUAUUUCAGAAAAAAUAAACCCCUGCAUAUUCAUUGGAGAAAAUAUUGCAGAAUUCAGAAAACUGUUGGACCUAAUUAUGUUUUUGUAAGCUGACUGUAAGCCCACUUAGAGGCUACAGCUUGUCUUUCCCCUGCACAGUUGGCAUAAAUCCUGCUCAAGCCCUUUAUUGUUGUCAACCCAAUAGUCACAUUAAGAUGUUUAAAAGUGGCAGCAAAACAGCAUGUAUAACGUUAUCACUAAGGUCAUAUAAGUGUCAAUUAUUAAGCCAUCUUUAUCACUAUUUGGUAAGGCUUUUGUACAGUAUGUAUGUAAAUGGUUUUAUUAAAAAGUGUAAAAAUGGUCAAAUUCAAUAAAAAACAAGGUCUAAAGUGGUCUUUUAAUCUAAAGCUGUCAUUAAA